UGUCAACAGCGCAGCAGCGGCCACACCGAAGCUCAGUGCAAGCAGCAAGCAUGGGCAUGCAGCCGCCGCCAAGCCCGCGCAGACGCGCCCUGAUGGCGUUGGUUCUUGCCUGUGCACUGGUGGGGGUCUGGGGAGAAGAGAGUGGACUCCCGCCUGCCGGAGCCACCAGCUCAUUUCAGGGGACCGAAGAGAUCAUGAUGCCACCCACGAAGACCUCCUGGAUACAUGAUUCGAACUCCAGUCUGUCUUGGUCACCAACACCUGCAGAGGUGACUAAAGGAGGGGCCGUGGCUGCAGCCCCGCCGCCGCGGUCCCAGCCCCCUCCCCCAUGCCAAGGAAACAUCGAGAUCAAGGAGACUUUUAAAUACAUCAACACUGUUGUGUCCUGCCUCGUAUUCGUACUGGGUAUCAUUGGAAACUCCACGCUGUUGAGAAUCAUCUAUAAGAACAAGUGCAUGAGGAAUGGCCCCAAUAUUCUGAUCGCCAGCCUGGCGCUGGGGGACCUGCUACACAUCAUCAUUGACAUCCCCAUCAAUGUCUAUAAGCUCCUUGCAAAGGACUGGCCAUUUGGAGUUGAGAUGUGUAAGCUGGUGCCUUUCAUACAGAAGGCCUCUGUGGGAAUCACUGUGCUGAGUCUAUGUGCGCUAAGUAUUGACAGAUAUCGAGCCGUUGCGUCGUGGAGUCGCAUUAAAGGAAUUGGUGUUCCAAAAUGGACGGCAGUAGAAAUUGCUUUAAUUUGGGUGGCCUCCAUAGUUCUGGCUGUCCCCGAAGCUAUAGCUUUUGACAUGAUUUCCAUGGACUACCAAGGAAGACAUCUACAUAUUUGUAUGUUGCAUCCUGUACAGCAAACAGCCUUCAUGCAGUUUUACAAGAAAGCUAAAGAUUGGUGGCUAUUCAGUUUCUAUUUCUGCUUGCCAUUGGCCAUCACUGCAUUUUUUUAUACCCUGAUGACAUGUGAAAUGUUGAGAAAGAAAAGUGGCAUGCAAAUUGCAUUAAAUGAUCACUUAAAGCAGAGGCGAGAAGUGGCCAAAACAGUGUUUUGCCUGGUCCUGGUAUUUGCUCUCUGUUGGCUUCCCCUUCAUCUGAGCAGGAUUUUGAAGCUCACACUUUAUGAUCAGAGUGAUCCCACCAGAUGCGAACUUCUAAGCUUUUUGUUGGUAUUGGAUUAUAUUGGCAUCAAUAUGGCCUCCUUGAAUUCCUGCAUUAAUCCAAUUGCUCUGUACUUGGUGAGCAAAAGGUUCAAAAACUGUUUUAAGUCAUGCUUGUGCUGCUGGUGCCAGUCAUUUGAAGAAAAACAGUCCUUGGAGGAAAAGCAGUCCUGCUUAAAGUUCAAAGCUCAUGAUCACGGAUAUGACAACUUCCGUUCUAGUAAUAAGUACAGCUCAUCUUGAGAGA